AUGCCUGUUUUACCUUUAGCUAUAUUGCAAGCACCCAUUUUUAUUCCGGAAGCACCAAAGUAUUUAAAUUUUGGAAGUAUCGGCGUUAUCAUCGGACACGAAAUAUCGCACGAAUUCGAUAAUUUAGAUUUACACUUACAGUCGCAAGAUAACUCGUCUAAAUCCAAUUUGUGGUCAAAAAGUGCUCUUAGAAAAUUUCAAGACAGAGCUUUGUGUAUUAUAAACCAAUACUCGGAAUUUCCAUUAGACGACGAUAACGGGAUUAUGGUGAGUGGAAACAAGACGAUUCGAGAGAACAUUGCCGAUAUUAGCGGUAUCAACUUAGCAUUUUCGGCGUACGAAAGUUAUUUAAAGAAACACGGAGAAGAGCCAAAAUUAUUAGGUCUGGAUUUCAAUAAUAAACAGAUGUUCUUUUUAAGAUAUGCUCAGUUAUCUUGCGAAGUUCUGGAGUCUACUAAAAUAUACGAACGCGACUCGCAUAGCCCCAAAAGAUACAGAGUUAUAGGGCCAUUAAGAAAUUCUCCUCAAUUUUCGGAAACCUUCAAAUGCCCAGAAGACAGUCCGAUGAAUCCUUUAAACAAAUGUAAAAUAUGGGGUUAAUUAAAAAUAUUUACAGUCCGAGUCGUAAAGUCUUUUCCUGAUCGUGCAAAAAUGUUUUCUGCAAUCCUGGGCUUAGUAAAAGAAAGAAGAAAAGCCUCCGACAACCCGUUACGCACGUGCCUGCACCAAACAUUACCUUUCGGACAAUCCCUUCUUUCUCUAAAUCAACGUUAGUUCUAACCCUAUUUAGAUAUUGUCUAUUUUUCCCGAGGUGUGAAAGAUCAUCCGAAAUAACCAACACGCUUCAAAUAAUAAUUGUUCGCAUUUUUUGUGGACUACAGAUGAGUUCCGAGGCUUGAACAAUUGGCACUUUGUAAGCAUACAUACGUUUACGCAAAAUCUUAAGUACUGUACUCCUACGUAUGCCAAAUCCAUUCGAAGCACGACGAGUGGAUUUGCUGGGACUGAAUUGAAAAGUUACGUGCACAUCACCGAUCUCUUCGUUCACAGUUGGCCUCCCAGUUUUUUUUUUCGGGUCACUAACAUCGCCAGUCUGUUUAAACUUUACGAAUCAACCUACAAUGCUUUUCACAUUUGGUAAUUCUCGCCCGUACUCUUUAUGGAAGUUUCGUCGGACCAUAAUUGCGAUUUUGUUUCGUGAAAUCAUAGAUCAUCAUCGAGCUUCUUUUUGCAAAGACUCCAUUUUGCCCAUGCAUCUGGACCGUUCAGUCUGCACAGAAUCUCUAAUUUUGUAAUAAACAACGUGUUUCUGUAUUUUCUACUUACACGUUAGCAUAGCUUUUGUUUGGUAAAUAUUUAUAAUCGGGAGAAAAUUUAUGAACGCCCAGUGUUUCAAAUUAUUCACUAAUUUUAUUCUAUUAAAUUGCUAUAAUAAAUUGAAGAUUUUUUAAAGACAUCUGUAAAUAUUCUAUAAUAAUACAUUCAAAAACAUUUUUACAUUUUCAAGAAGUUGAUCGGGGGUCUCGCGGUACGUACCGUACGUUAUUCGAUUAUUAUUACUAAGAUUCUGGAUUCCCAUAAUCUUUUAUGAAUGAAUCAAAUUGUAGCGUCAUUUUUCAAUUGUCGUUCAUACACGAGGGCGUGAAGAGAGUGACUGGGGUUUUAAUAAAUC